AUGACCACAACUAGAAUUGUAUUUCCUCAUCUAGCUAAAAAUCAGCAGCAGAUCAAACAAUUGUUUGAAUCUACAUUCAAAAAGUUCAAUCAAGCUCGUGACCUGUUCGUCAAACAGAAAAGCGCGGAGUUAACCAAGGAUGUGGCGAAACUUGAGAAGGAGAUACAAGAACUUCAGCAACAGUUGAUAGAGGCUGAGAAAGCUGCUGGAAUCAAACAAAUCCCAGUUCCAAAAACAAUGCCUAUUGAAAAACCUGAGCCGCCUCAGGAUGCCUUAGCACCUCCUUCAAAACAAGCAAGGACGGAAAUAUCUUCGAAAAAGGAAAAGAAGAGUGGUGGAGAAAAGAAGACUUCACCUAGCAGAGGGAAUAAAACGCAGAAUGCUUCUGCAGACGAUAGUAUUGAUGUCGGUCGUCUCGAUCUUCGUGUAGGACGAAUAGUCAAAUGUGAAAAACACCCCGAUGCAGAUGCGCUGUAUGUUGAGCAGAUUGAUGUUGGAGAAGCAACUCCGCGAACUGUAGUCUCUGGCUUAGUACGGCAUGUCUCUCUUGAUCAGGUUAGUGUGCAAAUUUGAAC